AUGCAUGUUUCAAACGGUAUUGGUGAACCGGUGUUUCCGCCACCAAUGGAUGCUCCACAUAUCCCAAUUCCUCGGCCACCACCACCUCCGCCGCCACCACCGCCGCCACCAUUACAACAGCAUCAAGUUAUUUCUCCACACACGAUUGAAUUUAUUCAAUCGCGUCAAGCUAUCAUACCCAUUUCGUCAUACUAUUCGCAACAGAGUUUUUGCAAUGGGAGUGGUGGAGCUGGGGUGAAUAUAAAUGCAUUGUUGCAUUCCUCAUUGUUGGGUGAUUUUACACCACAAUCAAGAUGGUGGCUCGACGUCGUAGAUUUAGGAGUUUCAGCGAUUCCAUCCAGGAAGGAACCACAUUCAACAAGUGAAACUGGAAAAGCUGUAAGUUCCUUUUGUUUUUAUAAAUACCAUCCAUCUUUUCAUUCCCCUCAGAUCGUAUCUCCAUCUUGGCCAAGCGGCCCUUCUAAAGUUCAACAAUAUGUCUUCAUUCAUACCGCUGUAGCUUAUUACGACUUCAUAGUAGCCACCAGACGUCAAAUUUGGCAACACCGAAAAGUGGACUCGACCCAUGAAGUGAAACAUUCUGACUCAAAACCAAGUCUUAACAUCGAAGAAGGAAGGCUUCUGCCACAAGUAAAAACAGGAGAACCGUAA